AUGGUGGCUGUUGAUUUAAAUAGGUCGCAAGACGAGAUUAGUUUGGCUAAUCUGGCUUUAAACAAGAUCCAAAGAUGUGCGAUAGAUCAACUGAUCGACCCAGUUUUAGGAUCCGGUUCAGAUCCUGAAGUCAUGAGGAUGGUUACAUCAGUAGCAGAGUUGGCGUUUCAGUGUUUACAGUUUUAUUCAGAAAUGAGGCCUACAAUGAAUGAGGUAUUGGACGUGUUGGAGAAUAUUCAAGCCCAUGGGAGAAUAGAUGCUGAAGAGUCGAAAACCCUAAAACCGCCACCUCGGUCGGAAAACACUGAUACGACGGUUUUGUUGAAAAACUUCCCGCCUUCGCCGGUGUCCGUUACUGGUGAAUGGCAUAGCGAUAGCACUGGAUCAACUACACUAAGCAUCAGAUAG